UAUUGCUUCUUAUUUUGCGCUUCCGAUGCUUGCACCAUGUCGAGACGCAAGCAGGCGAAGCCGCAACAUAUCCAUUCUGAAAUGGAGCAGGUCGUAGACCGAGGUGGGGGUGGUCUGCAACAUGCUGGUGGAGAUGGAGAGAUGAGAGCAAAGAGAUGCAAGAGUGAAGAAACUAGUGUUUGUGACGGAUGCUGUGCUGAAUUCUUUGAGUUGUCCGAAUUCAUUGAACACAAGCAAAAUUGCACUAAGACUCCACCUGUUCUAAUCAUGAAUGAGAAUGAGGGAAGGAUACCCAGGGAUGACUGUCCAGUAGUUUCUCCUCUGCCUUUAGCCAGUGACCAACUAGAAGGUCAGAACCGAAAUUAUGUCCAGCAGGCAGUCAGUAUGGAGCAUCUGGACAAAGACAUUGAAGAGGAGGAGGAGGAGGAGUAUGAAGAGGGAGUGGAAAAUGAGGCAGAAGAUUUGUGUCAGAAAAGUGAUCCAGAUGGUGAUGUAACCUCUACUAACCUAAGCUAUUUAUCACAACCUAAAGUGCCAAACACUAAUGCUUCACACGGGACAGCACAGAGCACUAAAGCUGCAGUAAACCCUAUGAUAUCAAACAGUGCCUCUACACCAGCAUGCGACACUGUCCCUACAUCAGCGUCGAGCCUUAAUGCAAUUCCCAUGAUCCUUGACCAAUUGAUGUGCCUGCAGCAGCAACAGCUGCAGCAGAUUCAGCUUACCGAACAAAUCCGUAUCCAGAUUGCGAUGAUGGCACCACAUGUUCUUCAUCCGUCUGUAGCUGCAGCUGCUGAUCCUUUAAAAGCUUUAGGUGCACAUCUGUCUCAGCAACUUUCUGCUGCAGCUGCUUUAAUUGGACAGAAAGCAGGAAGCCAGAAUCUUGCUUUGGAAGCCCUGAAGCAAGGCAAGCUACCUCAUCCUAGCAUUGGUGUUCCAUGUACUGUACCUGUAGUUCCUGGAAUUCCUUCCUCUUUACCACUGAAACCAGAUCCUGCUCGAGGUAUUCCAGCCUUGUCCCCUAGAUUUCCAAAUCCUUUGCUGCCUCACCCACCAAAUUCUGUAAUCUUUCAAAACCCACUUUCUGCUGUUUCAGCAGCAGCAGACGCUUUAAGGAAAGGGAAGGGAAAGCCUCCUAAUAUUACUGUAGUGGAAGGUAAACCGAAUUCGGAAGAGUCCUUUUUCAAACACAAGUGCAAGUUUUGUGGUAAAGUUUUUGGCAAUGACAGUGCUUUGCAGAUACACCUUCGUUCUCAUACUGGUGAGAGGCCAUUCAAAUGCAACAUCUGUGGAAACAGGUUUACAACAAAGGGAAAUCUUAAGGUACAUUUUCAACGUCAUAAAGAAAGGUAUCCACACAUCCGAAUGAAUCCCUAUCCAGUACCUGAACAUCUGGACAAUGUCCCUACCAGUAAUGGUAUCCCAUAUGGAAUGUCUUUGCCCCUAGAAGAAGCUGCUUUGUCUGCUGUGGAUAGUAAACCCAUUUUGCCAGUGCUUCCUACUCAGACAAGCUGUGGCCUACCUCAGAAUUUGUCAACACUUUCAAAUAAUAGAGAACCACCAAAUGGCAUGCUGUCACAUGACUCUCACUCCAUACCACCUCCUUCAGGAAUUGAAGCUGGCCUGCUUUUUCCAUACACUGCAAUUAAACAAGAAUCCAACACUGAACAGAAAAUUACUUCACCACAAGCUGCUGGCACUUGUGGGUUACCUGAUAAGAGUGAAAUUAGGACUGAGCAAGGAAUUAGGACUGAGCAAGGAUUUAGGACUGAGCAAGGAUCAGAGACUUCUAAACUACAACAGUUAGUUGAAAAUAUAGACAAAAGUGCAAAUGAUCAUAAUGAAUGCAGAAUUUGCCAUAGAGUUUUGAGUUGCCAAAGUUCAUUAAAAAUGCAUUAUCGUACUCACACUGGGGAAAGGCCAUUCAAGUGCAAAAUUUGUGGUAGAGCUUUUUCUACGAAGGGCAACCUAAAAACACACUAUGGUGUUCAUAGAGCAAACACACCCUUAAAAAUGCAGCAUUCAUGUCCUAUUUGCCAGAAGAAAUUCACAAAUGCAGUUGUGUUGCAACAGCAUAUACGCAUGCACAUGGGUGGACAAAUCCCAAACACACCUGCACCUGAAGUGGACUCUGAGGUUGCUGAAACUGAUCCAGAAGUGACUGAGGAAAAAAAUGAUGAUCUUAGUAGCAGUUUCACAGAUGACAAUAUGGAUGAUGUAGAGAUGGAAGGGUAUCCAGAACUUCAGGAGCUUUCAAACAAUCCAUCCAAGCCUUCUACACCAUACAGUGAGAGCAGGAACACAUCACCUUCGAUAGCCUUGAGUAUUGCUGCUCUGGAAAAUCAAAUGAAAGUACUGAAUUCUGCUUUAAAUCAGCAGCAAGCUAAUUUGAAAUCUGGUGAAAACAGUUCUGAUGAUAGUGAUGGGCAGACAAAUGAGUCGUCAUCCGUAGCUGAAGAUAUGGACUACCAGAACGGGGGGAGAAGCCCGAUGUCUGAAUCGGCAUCAUUUCAGGCCUUGUCUCCAGCAAACAGUCAGGCUGGGAGUAGCUUUUCCAAGUCACCAGGCUUUAAUGGAAAUGAAGACAGAACUGGUGUAGGCACUAGAGAUUGUUCAGACAAUAGUUGUAUGGGUGCAGAUACACAGCUUGAUGGUGCUUUGGAUCUAACUUCUGGAAACCUUUGCCGCAAAAUUAAAGAGGAGCCGGGUUUGCCAUUUGCCAAUGGAGACGAUGGAGGAACUCCUGCCAUGGGAAACUUUCUCAGAGCUCCAACAGGAUAUAUUAAAAUGGAACCACCUGCUGAGAUUCGUUUGCCUACCUCUGCACCAUUCAUCUCUGCACAGACUCUUACCCAUGGCAUAUCCCCUCAGAAUGUGACUCCAUGCAUAUCCCCUCAAACUCUAAGUCACUGCAUGUCCGGUCAGACUGUAGCACAUGGUUUAUCCCCCAGUCUGGUGCCGCCACCUCGACGUCCUACUAAGCAGCACAUUUGUACUACGUGUGGAAAGAACUUUUCUUCUGCUAGUGCUCUACAGAUACAUGAACGGACACAUACAGGGGAAAAGCCAUUUGGAUGUACACUUUGUGGAAGAGCUUUUACCACUAAAGGAAACCUAAAGGUCUUCCAAUGGGGUAACUAG